AUGAAGUUCUCUGUUGGAGCUUCUACCCUGCUGCUUCUCUCCUCGGUUGCCAACUCUGCUGUCAUUCCGAAAUGGCACUCGACGGACCUUAUCGACCCCACCACCAUCACGCCUGCCCCUAAGCUCUCGGUGUGGCAGGCCCUGGAGAAGCGUCGAGGUGGAGGUGGAGGUGGUCGAGGAGGAGGUUCUAGCGGUGGCAGCGGCGGCAGUAGUGGAGGACGCAGUGGUAGCGGUGGCAGUGGCAGCCGCGGUGGCAGCAGCGGUCGUGGCGGUAGCAGUGGAGGAAGCAGUGGAGGUUCGACUAGCUCAAGCAGCAACCGAGGAGGUACCAGCCGCGGUGGUUCAGGACGAGCUCCCGCGUAUGGCGGCGGAUCGUACUACUCUGGAGGUUCCAGGACGCCCUACUCUGCGGGUUCUCGGUCCCCCGGAGGUCUGACACCGUACCUCUUGCCCGCAGCUGGUCUGGGUCUCGCGGGAGGUGCUCUGGCUUACGGAGCGUACGCUUAUCCCUAUGGGCACGACUACAAUUACACGGACUCGCACUCGCACAAGGAAGAGUCGUUGCCUGUCAUUUGUGUCUGUGAGCAGUACAUGGAAUGUGGCUGCGACGACAACAACAACAGCGCCUUCUAUGAGAGCCUCUUCAACGGCACGGAGCCAAAGAAUGGCACCAACGUUCGCGUCGUCGAUGUCAACGGAACGCAGAAGAUCUAUGUCAAUGGAUCUCUGCCAAAUGGAACGACCGUUGCGGAAAAUGCGGCGCCAGCGACGGUCCAGAUGGCGCAGACCAGCGGAUACUUGGCUAUGGCUGCUAUCGCGUUGAGUGCCGUUUAUGCUCUGUGA